UUUUGUUAUGAGCUUUCACUUCCUACUUUGAAUUCGCCCAAUUUUGCAAAACCCUCCUGGGUUUAUUGAGUUUUUGCUUUGAUGCUGAAAAAUGCAGUGCGAAUGUAACCAAACAAAUUAUGUAUUAAGUGUUUUUUCUGCUUCCGGUUAGUGAAAUUUUCGACCUCGUAUUGAAUAAUUUUGUUAGCCCCAAAUAUGUAGGAAAAUAGUCAUGCUGACUGGUUUUUCUUGAAUCAAAGAGCGGGUUUCAUCGUAUGAUACUACUCCUUGUUUUGCUCAAAGCAAAUAAAUUGCAUUUAAUUUACCUUUACUUGGCCCCUUUUAUGUAUCGAGUGUUUUUGAGAAAAUGUUAACUAUAUCUCAAAUGGGUAUGUUUCCUACUUGCUUUUCUUUUAUAUCUCUGUUGGGGCUUACAAUUUUCAGUUAUUGGAAGAGAGUGGUAAAUGUCAUUGUCGGUUGUGGUUUAUUGUUUUCUUAGUCAUCUAAGUUCUGCUGCUGUUUUGGCAAAUGUUUUAGCUUUCUUUGUUAGCUUGAUUUUGUGAUACUCGAAGGUGGUGCGUCCUGUGAUGUUAUUUUCGGAGAGAUCAUAGACUAAAGCCGUCGCUUGCAACUGUGUAACAUGGAGAACUAUGAUAUAUUGGAGCAGAUUGGUAAAGGGUCCUUUGGCUCUGCGCUGCUUGUUAGGCAUAGACAAGAGAAGAAGAAGUAUGUUCUGAAGAAAAUCCGCCUUGCUAGACAGACUGAUCGUACCCGCAGAUCUGCCCACCAGGAGAUGGAGCUCAUUUCAAAAGUAAAAAAUCCAUUUAUUGUGGAGUACAAAGAUUCCUGGGUGGAAAGGGGUUGUUAUGUUUGCAUCGUGAUUGGAUACUGUGAGGGAGGAGACGUGGCCGAAGCCAUUAAAAAGAGAAAUGGAAUUCAUUUUCCUGAGGAGAAGCUUUGCAAAUGGUUGGUUCAACUGUUAAUGGCACUGGAUUACUUGCACUGCAACCACAUUCUUCAUCGUGAUGUCAAGUGCUCGAAUAUAUUUCUGACCAAAGAUCAAGACAUACGUUUAGGGGAUUUCGGUCUUGCUAAAGUAUUGAUUUCUGAUGAUCUAGCUUCCUCUGUAGUGGGAACGCCUAGUUAUAUGUGCCCCGAGCUUCUUGCUGAUAUACCUUAUGGUUCCAAAUCGGAUAUCUGGUCCUUGGGGUGCUGCCUCUAUGAAAUGGCUGCUCACAAGCCUGCAUUUAAAGCCUUUGAUAUACAAGGUCUCAUCCACAAGAUUAAUAAAUCAAUCGUUUCUCCGCUUCCAACCAUGUAUACCGGCCCAUUCCGUGGGCUAAUCAAGAGUAUGCUUCGGAAAAAUCCAGAGCUGAGACCAAGUGCUGCAGAUUUGCUCCGACAUCCACAUCUCCGGCCAUAUAUCCUCGAUAUCCAUCUCAAGAUGAACAACCCUAGGAGGCAUACUUUUCCAGCUGUGCCCUCUGAUGCCAAUUUUGUCAAGAAAACGAGAUUCGUUGAAGCUGAUGCUGUCAAACGAGAGAAAAGGCUGUCAUUUGGAAACAAUAGGGCGUUGAAUCCUAGCAUAUCUGGAAAUGAACUCGACAGUCCUUGCUCUUCGAGAAGAGCACAAAAAACGUUCAGCCAUUUGAAUGAUAAACUGUCCGACCUUUCGAUUGGUAGUGUGGGUGAUGAUAUUGGAGUGCAGAAGUUGGCGAACUCCACCAAGUUCAGUACUAUCAAAACUUCGAGAACGACUUCUGCAAAGGCUUCUUUGAAUCAUAGAGGGCAGUCUAUGACCCCAUCAAGAAUGUCGAACCCUGGCUCUACUCGUGAAUUGCUUCCAGUGUCGCAUACUCCAGCGAGAAAACUGUCCCGACCAGCACGCAGAGAGUCUCUUCCGCUGUCUACACGAGCUAAACCUAGCGUCGGUCUACUUGGUAGUGUGGAUUCCCUGGAUGUCUCCGUCAACGCUCCGCGAAUUAGCAAGAUGGUCGACUUUCCGUUGGCGUCUGCGGAUGAGUCUCCGCUGCCAAGAAGCCGCCGGAGCUCAUUCUCCUCUGCUCAGUGCUCGUACACCCCGCCAUACAGUAGUGGCCGUUCCAUCACGAAAGACAAGUGCACGGUCCAGAUUCUCGACAGAACCUUUGUUAGGUCACUCUCCACUCAAUGCCCGCAGUACAACGGGAGUGAGUGCUCCGAACACAACCCAGUCGGCGGCUCGUCGGCGGAUUCUCGGCAGAGGAGGUUUGACACGACGUCGUACCAGCAGCGUGCAGAAGCCCUGGAGGGUCUGCUCGAGUUCAGCGCAACGCUGUUGCAGCAAGAAAGGUUGGAGGAGCUACAAGUCCUGCUGAAGCCGUUCGGGGAGGAGAAGGUGUCGCCACGCGAGACGGCGAUAUGGCUGACCAAGAGCUUCAAGGAGAACGCAGCGUGAUGAAAACCCAUAUGAGAUUAACAACUAACGGCAGGCAGGUAGGAACCAGCGUUAUCAUAUGAACGUCUUCAUGGGGAACGAAAAACUAGAGUAGAGAGCACAUACUAUUAUGUAACAACUUGUCUUCAUCUUUCUGUUUCUUAAUCAUAGUACUAAUAUUUUACCCA